AGAAAGCAUCUUUCUUUGUAUCAGUUGAUACAAUCUUAAAGAUGUCUCGUUAUGAUUUGGAUGACCAUCGUGGCAUGGUACGCCCACGUGGUUAUUAUUACACCAGGCCUAAUCCACCCAUGGGAUUAAGCAACCCAGGGUUGAAAGACGUGCCAGAUAUUCAAGUUGCACCUGUUGAAAACAAUGAAUAUCAUGAUAUUGAAUUAGACAACUUGAAAAAAAAUCGCAGGACAUCGACUGGAAUCCAAGCUGACAUCCCUGUAAUUGAACCCCUUGUACAUGGUGUUGCUCCAUAUGCCAAUGAGACCGUUGCAAUUGACAUUAGCAAAGGAACAGAAGAAGACAACGACGAUUGUUGUACAAAGUGCAUGAACAAUGUAGGUGAUCAACUCGGACUAUUCUAUGAAGAAUAUCAACGUUACAUCUGGUACGGCAUCUAUGUGGCACUCAUAGUGGGCUACUUUGCAUACCUUAUUUAUGCGUGCUAUUAUGACUUCCAGCAAGCGUUGCCUCUUGUCGUCAUCACCGCCUUGGUACUGUUAUUCAUACUGUAUGUUCUACUACGUGAUAACUUCGGUGAAGCGUGCAACACGGCCUGCAUCAAACCGUUCCUCGCAUUUCUGGACUCUAAGUGGUAUUUUCUCCGGUGGUUUGUGUAUAUUGGACUGUUGGCAGUUCUAGUCGUCUUUUUAGUUGUCUAUGGUAAAGACAAUCCAGAACAAUUAAUUUCUGCUCUCGGACUGCUGGUCUUGGUAGCAUUCUGUUUUGUUUUCUCAAAAGCCCCGAUGAAAGUGAAGUGGCGUCCAGUAUUAUGGGGUCUAGCUCUUCAAUUUAUCCUUGGAAUUUUUAUUCUGAGAACCAAAGCUGGCUAUGAAUCAUUCAAAUGGAUUGGGGAUAAAGUCCAAAUAUUCCUGGAAUUCACUAAUGUUGGAUCAAAGUUUCUCUUUGGAGAUUUAUACGAGAACCAUUUCUUUGCUUUCAAGGUUCUUCCUGUCGUAAUUUUCUUCAGUUGCUGUAUUUCUAUUUGUUAUUAUUUUGGCAUCAUGCAAUUCGUGAUCAGUAAAAUAUCUUGGAUUAUGCAAGUCACAAUGCACACAUCAGCGACAGAAUCACUCAAUGCUGCUGGAAAUAUAUUUAUUGGACAGACUGAGGCACCAUUGUUGAUUAAGCCAUUCCUGAAGGAUAUGACGAAGUCUGAACUGCAUGCUGUAAUGACGGGUGGAUUUGCUACAAUAGCUGGCGGUGUUUUAGGGGCAUAUAUCGCAUUCGGUAUCAGCUCGUCUCAUCUAUUGUCUGCAUCAGUCAUGUCUGCACCAGCCGCACUCGCUAUUUCUAAACUUUUUUAUCCAGAGAUUGAGCAUUCUGAAUACAUGACUCAGGAACAAGUUCUCAGAAAAAUGGACUUGACAAAAGAGAGAAAUGCUAUAGAAGCUGCCUCGAAUGGUGCCUCAACUGCUGUGUCAUUGGUGGCUAAUAUUGGUGCCAAUCUUAUCGCAUUUAUUGCAUUAUUAGCAUUUACCAAUGCACUACUGGGAUGGUUUGGUGGAAUGGUUGGCAUCCCUGAACUCACGUUUGAGUUGAUAUGUUCUUACGUAUUCAUGCCCCUUGCCUGGCUCAUGGGUACGCCCUGGGAAGACUGUCAUAUUGUAGCCGAGCUCAUUGGUAUCAAGACGUUCAUUAAUGAAUUUGUAGCAUAUUUGCGACUCGCAGAAAUUUUAGAGAACAGAGAAACUGGCGAUGGACCAACAAUAUCUAGACGCGCCGAGGUAAUUUCCACAUAUGCUUUAUGUGGCUUUGCUAACGUUGGAUCCAUUGGAAUUCAGCUCGGUGGUAUUACACCCAUGUGUCCAUCCAGGAAGGGAGAUCUGGCAGAGAUUGCUAUCCGUGCUCUCGUUGCUGGCACAGUAGCUUGCUUCAUGACUGCUUGUGUUGCAGGUGUGCUUUAUAAAGAUUUUGAUGAAACGUACGAUGCUAUGCUUGUUAACUCCACACUCUCAUCAAUAAUCAAUAACACUACAACAAUAGGACUAUAGGACCAAAGACUGAUUAAUGGAAAGUGGGUUCAUUCACAACUCGCCGACCCAAACUACUGCACUAGUCGUUGUAUCAGGAUUGUAUUUAAAUCUGCCAAAUUCAACUUUGGUGCACUAUUAUUUGAACAACUUUUCAAAGAAUUUUAUUUUAACAGAAAGACAAAGUUGGUCUGUCUUAUUUAUUUAUCCAGGAAGUACAUGCCUCCAUUGAACUAGUAUUGAACUGGCAGUUAAAAUAAAAAGUACUUGUGAAGAAAUCUUUCGGUACAGUUGUCAUGGUAUACACACUCUAAAACUAACUGAAAUAUUGAGUUGAAACUGGUUGACCAUUUGACCUUAGCUCCUUGAUGUUUUUGGUCUAGAAUGUGAAGGCUAUUUACGGCUCAAAUCUUGGGUGUUUGAUUUCAAACAUUAAAUCCACUUCACACAGUGGUGAAAGACUAAGUUCUCAACUAUGAUGAAUCAACUCAUUUAACUACAGCAUUAAGUUUCUCUUGGUGUUCUCUGAUAAAUCUAGUACUAUUACUUACUCAACAAGCUCUUGAUAUUCUGAGGUGAAAUCAAUUCAGGAAAUGUUCUUUAUCGGAUCACUAAAAUUCAAAGCAAAAAUUUUUUUUUUUUUGAAUCUUAAUGCCCAAUUGGUUUUGUUUUCUAUUUAGUGUAAAUUUUUAGUCAUCAAAAAUAUUUAUUUGAAGCAAUAAUGCUGAUAUGAGUGUAACUGUCUAAUAUUUCAAAUAUCACUUCAAGCAAAUGUUGAUGCAAUAAUCCUGUUUUUAAAAAAAAAAUGAUUGAAGCAUUUUAUUCUGCAGAUUUUGAUGUCUGAGCGAAGAAUAAUAAUGGGUAUAUUAAAAUAAUCAUUUUUUUUUAUUUGAGUUGGGACAUUAUGUAAUUCACCUUUCAAAAAUUGUAGCAGUGAUUAACAAAUCCUAAUAAGAUAUUACUGGGAAUUUUUUCUAUUGGGAAAACAAUUUUAUGUUUAGAAUAUUGGUGCUUACACGUGGUCAUAAAUGUAAAUCUCAAAAAUGUCAGUCUCCAAAUUUACCCUGUAAGAGUUGCAUACAAUGUAAAUGUGGUUCAUUCAUUGACAAGUAAAUGUCUCAUUUCCUGGUAACGACUUUGAGAAAUAAUCUGUAAGUGCUUUUGUUCUGAACCCAAAUACUGUGGUUUAUAUUAGUCAAGUGAUUUUGCUAUGGACUUGUGUAUGCUAAUAUUGUAUCCAGAAACUAACAAUGCAAGGGAUGCUGCAAAUUUGUGGUAUCGCCCAUUAUUAUGUGGCUGAACGUGUGAAGUACACUCACUUUUAUUUAUAUAUUGUCAUCAUUUUUGCUCCCCUCUUCAAUUCUGUCUUGAGGCUAACGAUUUAUUUAACAAGAAACGUGUUACUCUAUUCUGUUGAGAUACACUAGGGAACCUUACUUUAGUUGCUAGUCUAAGUCAUUUUCUAUUUUUCAGGGAGUACUAAGUUUUAUCGUUGGUGAUCUUUACUUACUGGUAUUAUCAGCCUUACUCUAGUUCAGUGAAUCUAGUUUAAUAAUGUGAACAUUAAGUUUAUAAAUAGUGUAUAAAUAUUAUCAGUUUUAUUGUAAAAAAAAAAAGUGUUUGCACCAAAUACUGCAUAGUUAGUGAGCAUUUUUUGUUCUGUUAAAGUGCUAAUUUAUAUUUUCUAAAUGUAUCAUCACCAACAAGCCCUUGUGCUGAAUCGAAAACUGGUUGUGACAGUAUGGACUAAAUUGUAUUCUCUUCAACUUAAUUACCAUGCAACUGUAGCAAUGCAUAUGCUAAGCAGGGUUAUUCCAACCUAUUGAAAUCAAUAUUGUACUAAUAACUGACAAAAUGAUAAUUAUAUAAAUCUUUCAAGUGAUUGUAAAAUGUAUAUUUUGCUAUUUAAGAGACCAAACACCCCUGUACCCGAAGUUCAAAAUGUGUUGUAAAUUUCAUCAGGUUGUAUCUUCCUUGAGUUUAAGUGUACAACUGAAAUACAUAACCUGUGUGUAUGUAACUGCCAUAAAAUUUUGCUUGUAAUAGGUGACUCGGCACCUUUUAUUUUCUAGUUAUUCAGGGUGUACUCGAAGUGCUUCCUUUUUCGCUAAUAAAAUGUAUUUAUUUUUUAAU